UUUUGCUUUGUUUAGGUGAAAUGGAGAUACCAGAUUCUGAUGAUCCUUUAGGCCAAAUGGAUGGUCAUGGCAGACCAGUUCCAACACACAAAGGUUACUUUUUGACCUUUUUGGAACCAGUGAACAAUAUCACCAUAGUCCAGGGCCAGACAGCGAUUCUCCACUGUAAAGUGGCAGGAAAUCCAUCCCCCAAUAUCAGAUGGUUAAAAAAUGAUGCGCCAGUGGUUCAAGAACCCAAAAGGAUUAUUAUAAGAAAAACCGAGUAUGGCUCACGAUUAAGGAUCCAAAACCUUGACACCACAGACACUGGUUAUUACCAAUGUGUGGCCACAAAUGGAAUGAAGACAAUAAAUGCAACAGGAGUUCUGUUUGUAAGAAUGGGCCCAACACACAGUCCGAAUCACAAUUUUCAGGAAGAUUACCAUGAAGAUGGGUUUUGUCAGCCGUACCGGGGAAUUGCAUGUGCUCGGAUCAUUGGAAACAGGACUAUUUAUGUGGAUUCCCUCCAAAUGCAAGGGGAAAUUGAAAACCGAAUUACUGCUGCUUUUACUAUGAUUGGCACAUCCACCCAUUUAUCAGAUCAGUGUUCCCAGUUUGCCAUCCCAUCUUUCUGUCACUUUGUGUUCCCCCUAUGUGAUGAACGGUCGCGGACGCCUAAGCCCAGAGAGCUGUGUCGGGAUGAGUGUGAAGUUCUGGAGAAUGACCUCUGUCAGCAGGAGUACAACAUUGCAAGGUCUAAUCCACUCAUUCUGAUGCAGCUCCAGCCGCCUAAGUGUGAGGACCUGCCAUUGUCAGAUACCUUGGAGGCUGCCAACUGUAUUAGAAUUGGAAUCCCAGUAGAGCGGCUCAACAGAUACCACCAGUGUUACAAUGGCUCUGGAGUCGAUUAUCGAGGGACUAUCAGUGUCACUAAGUCAGGCCACAAUUGUCAGUACUGGGAUUCUCAACAUCCUCAUUCCCAUGACUUGACAAGCACAGAGUUUCCAGAGCUUGGAGGGGGACACGCAUACUGUCGCAACCCUGGAAACCAAAUGGAAGGUCCCUGGUGUUUUACUCAAAACAAAAACGUACGCAUGGAACUGUGUGAAGUUCCUUCUUGUAGUCCACGUGACAGCAGUAAAAUGGGGAUUCUCUACAUUCUGGUUCCCAGCAUAGCAAUCCCCUUGGUUAUUGCCUGCCUUUUCUUCUUAGUCUGCAUGUGCAGAAAUAAGCAGAAGGCUUCUGCUACUACUCCACAACGUCGCCAGCUGAUGGCGUCUCCUAGCCAGGACAUGGAAAUGCCUCUCAUUAAUCAACACAAACAGGCUAAACUAAAAGAGAUCAAUCUGUCCACCGUGAGGUUUAUGGAAGAGCUCGGUGAAGAGAAGUUUGGAAAAGUUUAUAAGGGUCACCUGUUUGGGACAACACCAGCGGAGCAGACACAAACAGUUGCCAUCAAAACACUCAAGGAUAAAGCAGACCUAGCCCUCCGUGAAGAAUUUAAACAUGAAGCAAUGAUGAGAUCAAGAUUACAGCACCCAAAUGUAGUUUGUUUACUGGGGAUAGUGACCAAAGAACAGCCUGUCAGCAUGAUUUUUAGCUAUUGUUCACACAGCGAUCUUCAUGAGUUCCUGGUGAUGAGAUCUCCUCACUCUGAUGUUGGCAGCACUGAUGAUGACAAGACUGUGAAGUCUACAUUGGAGCCAGCUGAUUUUUUUCAUAUUGUGACACAGAUAGCAGCAGGAAUGGAAUAUCUUUCAAGCCACCAUGUUGUCCACAAGGAUUUGGCCACUAGAAACGUACUGGUGUUUGACAAACUUAAUGUGAAAAUAUCUGAUUUAGGUCUUUUCAGGGAAGUUUACUCUGCUGACUACUAUAAACUAAUGGGAAACAAUCCUCUCCCCAUACGUUGGAUGUCUCCUGAGGCAAUCAUGUAUGGCAAGUUUUCCAUUGAUUCGGACAUCUGGUCCUAUGGAGUGCUGUUGUGGGAGAUCUUCAGCUAUGGCUUGCAGCCUUACUGUGGCUAUUCCAACCAAGAUGUCAUUGAAAUGAUCAGAAAUAGGCAAGUUUUGCCAUGUCCUGAUGACUGCCCAGCAUGGAUGUACUCACUGAUGUUAGAGUGCUGGAAUGAAUUUCCUAACAGAAGACCAAGAUUUAAAGACAUCCACAACAGAUUGAGAACAUGGGGGAACCUGUCUAAUUAUAACAGUUCUGCACAGACCUCUGGUGCAAGCAACACCACACAGACAAGUUCUCUGAGUACAAGCCCUGUUAGUAAUGUCAGCAACACUAGGUAUGUUGGGCCAAAGCAGAAAACACAAGCUUUCCCUCAACCACAAUUCAUUCAAAUGAAAGGACAGAUAAGGCCUAUGGUCCCACCUCCUCAGCUCUACAUCCCUGUAAAUGGUUAUCAGCCAAUGCCAGCAUAUGGAGCCUAUUUACCAAAUUUUUAUUCUGUCCAGAUCCCAAUGCAAAUGGCUCCUCAGCAGAUGGCUCCUCAGAUGAUCCCAAAACCUGGAUCCCACCAUAGUGGGAGUGGUUCCACAAGUACAGGAUAUGUAACAACAGCACCCUCCAAUGCUUCUGUGGCUGACAGGGCAGCUCUCCUUCCUGAAGGGACAGAGGAUGCACAUCAUAUGACAGAAGAUGUUGCUCAGAGUCUGGUCCAAGAGGAGGAGGAAGAGGAAGGCUCAGUGCCUGAGACAGAAUUAUUGGGUGAUAAUGACACUCUUCAGAUGGAUGAGGCAGAGUUUCAGACAGAAGCCUGAUGAUGGUGCCUUAUUUUUUAAAAAGCACACACACACAUACACACAUAUAAUUGAACAUCUCUUCAGUAUGCUGGAACCGGUAGUCUUUCUUAUGUGUAAUCAAUGCUUUUCUUUGGACUGCUAUACACAGCUACUGAUCCAAAGUCAGAAACGAUGUGACAAUAAUGACAUGUCAUAUGUAUAGACUUUCCUUUUCAGCAGAUAUUUGUGAAACAUGAAGAAUUGCUGUUUUUAAAUCUAGGAUUGAUUACAGUUCUUGCAGGGAAGCUGCUUUGAUAAUAUACUGUUGCUGUGCAACAUAUAGUGGAAAUUCAUUGCACAUCAUGUAUAUCUUGAACUCUGAUUGUAAUAUUUUUUUUAUGAAUUUGGGUUAAAGCAGUAACCAAAAAAGAGAGCUGAACUAUGCUUCCUCACAGGCUUGUUCUGUCUGUGAUGAGGUGUCCAAGGUAUAAUGGACAUCUUGUUAAUCUCAUUGAUAAAGUAAAUUUGUAAGGUGAGGUUGUUGUUCCAGAUCUGAAAUACAGCUAGAAUCCAGGAGAGAGAGCAGAAUGACUUGUAUGUCUUUGUCGCAGAUGUUUUUCCUGUUAAAUUCCCACAUGGAUGAAAGGAAGCGCAACCUAGGUUCUAGCAGGAAAAAUAGACAGUGCCCCAAAGAAGUGACAGGGUAAGCUAUGCACUAACUUUUAACAAAUCACAUUUUUUUGCCUGCAGGUGGCCAAAUUCGGGGGGGGGGGGCUCAGAAACUCUUCAGGACAUCCUACUGGUUGCAUUGAUCAACAAGGAUGUUGAAGUCAUUGUUAUUAUAGUUAAGAUGGUGCUACAAAAAUACACACACCCCUUCUUAGUUUUUAAAAAUAUUUUUAGUGAUUGUAGACCUUUAAAGACCAAAAUAAGCAAUAUUGUACAGAGUGUCUAUGUAUCUGUGUCUUCAAUGCUUUUUAUGAGAAGAAUCAUGUACAGACUUAUAAAUGUAAUUUAUGUUUUGAUACAUUUUAUAUGGGAUUUUUUUCAUGGCAACGUUUGGAUUUUGAAAAGAAUGCCUAUAUAAUUUAACCGUUUACAUUACAAUUUGUAAUAUUUUAUUGGAUUGGAAUUUGUAUGAUUUGGUUAUUUUGGCAAAACAGGUCCACACAUUUCAUAGCCAUAACUGUAAUACAAAUACUCCCUGAGUUCUGUUACAGUGUUGCUACACUUGCAUUAUAUUCCUAGUCUAUAAAUCCAGUGCAUGAGACUAUCCUGGCAAAGUAGCAACGCACAUUUUGUUAACAAAGACUACACUGUAAAAAUGAUAACUCACAGAUUUCUUUUUCUUCCUUUCUAAUCAUGUAAACUGUACUUUUGCUAUGUAUGUUUGGAUUCACUUGAGAUGUACCAUUAUGAGCAGCAGCCCACAUUAGUGACUGGAGCUAUUUUACUGGUUUCCAGUUUCUCUCUUGAAAUUGGUUAUGCACUGGUUGGUAAACAAUGGAAAUUUCUCUUACUUGUUAAUAUAAAUGCGAGUUGGAGACUGUUAGAAAACCAU